GACCUGUUGGAAGACUGGCUCUGCUUCGCUGUCCCUCUGACCCAACACCUGGAUCUAGCCCCGUGCACUUCUAAACCGACCUGUAUUUCCCGCAAAAUCUGGAUUACUGCGCUUCCCCUCCCAUUUUAUGAGUUGGUAUGAAAAAGUCCUAAACUGAGGCUGCUGUGAUGAGAGCCUCUGUCCUAGGGUCAGUGUGUGCGCUUCUCUUGCUGCUGCGGGAGCCAGCGUGCCGGGGUGAUGAAGUUACCUCUAGCACAGUGAAUCCAUGCUGUUACUUCCCCUGUCAGCACUGGGGUGUGUGUGUGCGGUAUAGUGAUGACAAGUAUGAAUGUGACUGCACUUGGACCGGCUACUACGGAGAAAACUGCACAAUCCCCGAGUUUUGGACCAGAGUGCGUCAGUUUUUCAGGCCCAACCCAGGUGUGGUGCAUCACAUUCUCACCCACUUCCAGUGGUUCUGGGACAUCCUCAACUACACUUUCCUACGGGACGUCCUGAUGCGGCUGGUGUUAACAGUGAGGUCAAAUUUAAUACCCAGCCCUCCAACCUUCAACUCCAAGUAUGACUACCUCAGCUGGGAAUCCUACUAUAAUCUGAGCUAUUACACUCGACUUCUGCCCCCGGUGCCCAAGGACUGCCCCACACCUUUGGGGGUGAAAGGAAAGGCUGGGCUGCCUGACCCUGAGGUGCUGGUGGAGAGGCUUCUGAAGAGGAGGACGUUCAGACCCGACCCCCAGGGCACCAGCCUCAUGUUCGCCUUCUUUGCACAGCACUUCACCCACCAGUUCUUUAAGACCUUCAAUCGUAUGGGCCUCGGCUUCACUAAAGCUCUGGGGCACGGGGUGGAUGCAGGGCACAUUUAUGGAGACAAUCUGGAACGUCAGCUAAACCUCAGGCUUCUCAAAGAUGGAAAGCUGAAAUACCAGUUAAUUGAUGGAGAGAUGUACCCUCCCUCUGUAGCCGAGGCACCUGUUAGAAUGGGCUACCCUCCUGGGGUCCCUGUUGAGGCUCAGAUGGCCAUUGGUCAGGAAGUCUACGGACUCCUACCUGGUUUGGGGAUGUACGCCACGCUGUGGCUGAGGGAGCAUAACCGAGUCUGUGAUAUAUUGAAAGCAGAGCAUCCCACCUGGGACGAUGAACAGCUUUUCCAGACCACACGGCUCAUUAUUAUUGGUGAGACCAUACGAAUAGUGAUAGAAGAGUACGUUCAGCACCUCAGCGGAUACCUGCUGCAAUUGAAGUUUGAUCCCACCCUGCUGUUUGGCUCUCACUUCCAGUAUGGCAACCGUAUUGCUCUGGAGUUCAGCCAGCUCUACCACUGGCACCCUCUGAUGCCCGACAGCUUCUUCAUCAAUGGGGAUGAGCUUUCAUACGAGCAGUUUCUCUUCAAUGUAUCUGUCCUGACACACUAUGGUGUGGAGGCGCUCGUGGAUGGCUUCUCUCGGCAAAUUGCUGGCCAGAUUGGCGGUGGGCACAACAUCAAUGCGAUGGUGACCAAAGUAGCCGUGGGGACGAUCAAGGAGUCCCGUCAACUCCGCGUGCGGCCUUUCAACGAGUACAGGAAGCGUUUUAACCUCACGCCAUACACAUCAUUCAGGCAAUUCACUGAUAAUGAGGAGAUAGCACGAGAGCUUGAAGAGCUCUACGGUGACAUUGAUGCUCUGGAAUUUUACCCUGGCUUGAUGUUGGAGAAAACACGACCAGGGGCUAUAUUUGGAGAAAGCAUGGUGGAGAUGGGUGCCCCCUUCUCCCUAAAAGGCCUCCUGGGAAACCCUAUAUGUUCUCCAGAAUACUGGAAGCCCAGCACCUUUGGAGGCAAAGUGGGCUUUGACAUAGUGAACUCCGCCACACUCAAGAAGUUGGUCUGUCAGAACACCAGGACGUGUCCGUAUGUGUCAUUUAGAGUACCAGCAGAGGAGAAGCCACAACAAGGGAAAGAAGGCAGCAGAGCACAGAUUGAUGAGCUAUAGCCUUUGCAGACACCAGGGCCCAAAGGUGUGAUCAACGACUGGAGGAAGUACAAGCAGCUUGAGGUGGAACAGAAACAGGAGCAGAAGAAGGAGAUGGAAAGACUGAUCAAGAAGCUGUCAAUGACGAAAGAAGUGAGAGUUGUGUCAGCAUACUCCUUGUCUGCUUCACAGAUGACCAUGCAGGAAUACAACAUGCUUCAGGAAGAGGAGGAUGACGAAGAAUUCCUCCAGCAUUACCGUAUGCAUCGCAUUGAAGAAAUGCGGCGCCAGCUGUGUCGUGGCAAACGUUUUGAGCAGGUCUGUGAGCUAAAUAGUGGAGAGGAGUUCUUGGAGGCUUUAGACAAAGAGGACAAAAGCACCCUGGUCAUGAUCCACAUCUACGAGCCAGACGUCCCAGGCUGCGAGGCCAUGAGUGGCAGCCUGAUGUGUCUGGCUCAGGAAUACCCACUAGUCAAAUUCUGCAGCGUACGCAGCUCAGCCAUCAGCACCAGCGCACUGUUCAGAGACAGCGCUUUGCCUGCUCUGCUUGUUUACAAAGGCGGAGACCUGAUCGGGAACUUUGUACGACUCACAGACCAGCUCGGGGAAGACUUCUUUGCCGUAGACCUGGAGGCCCUGCUGCAGGAGUACGGCCUGCUACCUGAAAAGCCGCCCGUCGUCCCAAAGACGGUUCGCAAUGGAGCGAUCAUACAGAACACUGUGAGCGAUGAGGACUCUGACCUUGAUAUAGACUAGAGCCAUAGUAUCUAACAUUAUAUGCUUGGGAAACAUGUACACAGUCCGCAUGGACUUGACUAUAUUUAUAGGUGGCCCUCUUUAGUGAUAACAGAGUGAGCCUCGACUGACAUCUUACCACUCACACAUAACCAGCAUUAAAGAAGAACCAAAAUGAGUGCAGACACCACAACCCAGUGCAUUUCAUCCUAUCAUUCCAUAGUAAACAUGAGUUAUUUGAUGAGUGUAAAUAUGAUCAUCACAAGGCAAUAUGGGGUCAGAAUACUGUAGGUGUUUUAUGUUUGUUUGUCACUGUCACCUAUUUAUUGUGUUAAAGCACAUUUCCACUUUUUGUUUCAUGUGUAUCUUCAUUGUAUUGUGAGCUUCACUGUGCAGAAUAGAAAACCUUUGGGCCAAAUUGACUAUUGGUUAAUUUUCUAACUUUUAUAUGUGCUCUGUGAUUUCAAAUAGUCAGGACAAUAAAGUGUAAAGCGUUUGGACUCAUUA